AUGGACGAGAAGUACCUGCCCGAGCUGAUGGCGGAGAAGGACUCGCUGGACCCGUCCUUCACCCAUGCGCUGCGGCUGGUGAACCAAGAAAUUGAAAAAUUCCAAAAAGGGGAAGGAAAGGAAGAAGAAAAGUAUAUUGAUGUAGUGAUAAAUAAAAAUAUGAAGCUGGGGCAGAAAGUAUUAAUUCCAGUAAAACAAUUCCCUAAGUUCAACUUUGUGGGAAAACUUUUGGGUCCACGUGGCAAUUCACUGAAACGUUUACAGGAAGAAACAUUGACAAAAAUGUCUAUAUUGGGAAAAGGCUCCAUGAGGGACAAAGCCAAGGAAGAAGAGUUGAGAAAAAGUGGGGAAGCAAAAUACUUUCACCUAAAUGAUGACCUGCAUGUUCUAAUUGAAGUAUUUGCCCCACCAGCAGAGGCAUAUGCCAGAAUGGGACAUGCUUUGGAAGAAAUCAAGAAGUUCCUUAUCCCUGACUACAAUGAUGAAAUCAGACAGGCACAGCUUCAAGAGUUAACAUAUUUGAAUGGUGGUUCAGAAAAUGCAGAAGUUCCAGUUGUUCGUGGAAAACCACCAAUACGAGCACGAGGAGUACCAGUCCCUGCUUUGGCCAGGGGCCGUGGAGGAGUGCCACCCCCACCAGCAGGUGUACCAAGAGGGGCACCAGCUCCCAGGGGAGUACCUCCCAGUAGAGGUCCAGUCAGUCGUGGUCGUGGACUUCUAGCCCCCCGAGCAAGAGGAGUACCUCCACCUGCAGGAUACCGGCCUCUGCCACCACCUCCAGCGCAGGAGACAUAUGGAGAAUAUGAGUAUGAUGAUGGAUAUGGCACUGCUUAUGAUGAGCAGGGCUACGACUCCUAUGACAACAGCUAUAGCACCCAGGCACAAAGUGGAACAGAUUACUAUGAUUAUGGACAUGGACUUAGUGAGGAAACAUAUGAUUCUUAUGGGCAAGAAGAAUGGACCAACUCAAGACACAAGGCACCUUCAGCAAGGACAACAAAGGGAAUCUACAGAGACCAGCCAUAUGCCAGAUACUGA